AGCAUCGUUCGGACGUGUUGACAGACUUUUUUAAUGACAUGGAAAAGAUGACCGUCAAUUAUUCUGGCAAUUUAUUGAAAAACGUUCACGUAAAUUUAGCCCUACCAUCAGAUAACGGCGAAACAUUUUUGGUGCAAGGAGAUUACGAGUACUGGCACUAUGGUUGCGACGGUUUUAACGACAGGGGCUGGGGGUGCGGAUAUAGGACACUGCAAACCAUCUGUUCGUGGAUCAUAAGUAAUGAGAACUUAGAAAAAACUGUCCCAAGCAUUAGUGAAAUACAAGAGACCCUUGUCGCAGUGGAGGAUAAAGAUAGAACGUUUUUUGGGUCGAGAGAAUGGAUAGGAAGUUUUGAAGUGUCCAUUGUUAUAAACCAACUUUACGACGCUCUUAGCAAAAUAAUUCACGUCUCGAGUGGAAAGGGAUUGAUCGAUCAAGUGGAUAAUAUUAAAAGACACUUAGAGCAAUUUGGCAGUCCAAUUAUGAUGGGUGGAGACAGGGAUUGCUCCAGCAAAUGUGUAGUAGGAUUACACGUUGGAAACAAAGGUGUAUACCUGUUAAUCGUAGAUCCACACUUCGUCGGGAAAGCGAAAAAUGCGGAACAUUUAAUUAAAGAUCGAUGGGCAAAGUGGCAAAACCUGGAUGACUUCGUCGACAGCUCGUUUUACAAUCUGUGUUUACCGCAGCUCAAGUAUCGCGGACUGGCCGAUAAAUAAGAUUAAAUAGAUUAUUUAUACGAAAUAACGAUGUAACCAUAUCCGCAGGAAACCGUGUAAUUUUAUAUAACGCUGAUAUUCGAAAUUUGAUCGACAUACUUAAAUAUUAAAAAGUUGA